CUGAGAUGCUGUACAGUAGAAAAUAAGAUAGUCCGUGGUCACAGGACUCCAUCUUUGAAGCAUGAAACAACUGAAUUGGCUUGGGUGGGAGGCAGGAUAAGACAGAGAAAAGUGUUUUAAAAGUCAACAUAGUGAUAGAGUUGUGUCAUUUCAGCUUUAUCAUACUAUCUACAGUAACUGUUUUGGUUUGCUCUGUAUUUGUAUAGUUUUUUCCUUAAACAUAAUGAAAUUUUAAUAACAUCAUCACUGCCUCCACUCCUUCAUAUCUUGUUCCAGUGCUCACAGGUUAGGUUGAUUGAGCAGGUCAUGAGAACUCCUCCAUAUUUUCUGUUUGUUGCACACUUUCUGCCUGAUUUUACCCUCUGAGACUUCCUUAAAAGUCAGUGGGAAUUCUGCUGUCAAUCAGAAGAAACAACAACAAAACAACAACAAACAAACAAAAACAAACAAACAAACAAAAAAAUACACAAACAAACACAACAAAUAAUCCCCAGAGGUAUAAUUCCAAAUUCCAAACUUUGACAUGCUCUGUUUAUCCUGAGGUCCAUCAAUCUCUCCUAAUUACCAAGCUAAGCAAGCACUUUUGUUCAUUCUUAUUCUAGCGAAUGUACUCAGCUGCAGGCUGAAUUAGCUUUACGAAUACUUACUGAUAGAUAUGUGUGUGUUUCCAUCUGUAUGUGUGUAUAUCAGUAAAUAAGAUACCAAGAAGUUCCUAGGAAGUGGCAAUAGUCAAAAGGAAGUUUAACAGAAUCAAAAUUUAUGCUUGUUUUUAAUACAAAUGCUAAAUGUAAUUAAUCUUGUAGAAAAAAGGUGAAACCAACUCUGCUGUAGUGAUAUAUGUCUCCAACAUCUCAGUGAAGGUUUGGACCCACAUCUGGAUCAGUGAAGAACAAGUGUGCUCUUGUGAUGAGAUUGUUAAGUGAAAAAAACCUCAGGUACAAAAAAGUUGUAUUAGAAUUUGUGAGAAAUUUAAUAUGCUCUCAGCAAAGAGGUUUAAUACCUCUUAAACUUGUGGACUUAGUCUUGUUGACUUACGAGCUGCUUACAGGCUUAUUGAGCAAGUACCAGUCAGGGCAAGGGCUUUCAUGUCAGAGGUAAGCUGGAGUGCAAGAGUAUGUUCAGCCAUCGCUCUCUGGGCUGCUGUCUCUGUCUCUCUUUUUCUCUUCGUUACCUUUUUUAUUUGGGACUGGGUUUUAAAGAUCAAUGAAUGUUAAAGAAAAUUACUUUGAGCAGCAGCCUUCCAGCCAGGGCCUGCACCAAGAAUACAUGCUUCGGAGAAGGCUGAGGGUGCUGCACAUUGAAUUGCAAGGGAAAACAUUAUUGCGUUCAAAGCCAGUAAAACAUUGGUCUAAUUAAAGGCAGAAAUCAUCAUGGCAGUGAAUAGCUGUGAUUGCUACAGGGCAGUAUUUGCCUUCCUGCGGGUGGCUGCUGUGGAUCCUCCUGCACACUCACAGCUCUGCACAUUGCAAUAGAUGUUUACACAUCAGCUUGUGUAUUUUGCAGAUCGGUUGGUCUUACCUAAGGAAAGAUGGUGGAGUGUCAGAAGUGUUCUCUUAAAAAUUCCAGAUUUUCCUGAAGAAAUUUGUUGCAAAAAAAUGCCUUUUAUUGUUGGACAGUGUUUUUAAGGACUCUUUGUUUUUUAUUCUUUAAAUGCACACAUGUGUGCGCAUGGAAACACACAGUUUUCUUCUGAUUUUGGAUUGCAAAUGUGUUUCAUAGAAUCCAGAAGGUUGUCUCUCCUCUGUCAAUAUUUGUGACUGGUUAAUGAUCAACCUUUUGACCUCAUGGCUGUUCCUGGUGUACAUCCAAAUCUCUCUCCUGUCUUCCCCUAAAAAUAAAAAAAAAAGAAAGAAAAGAAAGAAAGAAAAAAGUAAGUAUAAUUGCAUGUUUAUGUGUAAAGUGAGUGCAUUCUGGAUCCUGUGUUUUUGAAGCACGAUACAGGUAGCAAACAGAAGGAAAUCAGCAGGAAGUCAGAGUAAUCUGAACGCUCACUGAAAUGGAGAGCAGGUCCUCGCUUGUGGUGUUUCUCCUACUGAUGUGCCCCAUCAACAGCCGCUGUCCGUUUUCAUACCCAGUGUUUAUGAGAAAAGAUGAAGCACACGAGGUGCUGAAAGUCCACAAACGUGCCAACUAUUUCCUAGAAGAGAUUCGUCCGGGGAACUUGGAGAGAGAAUGCAAUGAGGAGAAGUGUUCAUUUGAGGAGGCCAAGGAGAUCUUCCAUUCGCAGGAGAAAACAAUGGAAUUUUGGUUCAGUUACCAAGGUUCAAAUCCAUGUAGUACAAAUCCCUGUCGCAAUGGUGGAGUCUGCAAAAUAAGACACUACAGUUACUUUUGCAUCUGCCCCCCAAAAUUUGGAGGAGACAACUGUGAAAAAGAAAGGUUUGAGUGCUGGUACAAGAACGGCGGGUGCUGGCAGUACUGCCGGGACAGCAGCAGCGCCUUCCACGUGACGUGUUCCUGCGCCGAGGGCUACACCCUGCACGGGGACGGGAGGAGCUGCCUGCAAACAGCAUCGUUUCCAUGUGGCCUGAUCAAAACCAGGCUGCCGAGGGGAGCGAGCGAGCACAGGGGUGAUGUGGCCAAGUGGAAGGAGAGCAGGGAGGGCACAAUUAGACAGACCCAGCUGGAACAAGCUGCUGCUGGGGAAAAUGAGACCUUGGAGGGUGCCUUUGUGCAAAGCACGCUCAUGGAGGGUGACGCUGGACAAACUGAAGUGUCAGAAGAUGCCUCCAGCUGGAACAAGACACUGCUGGCCUCUGUGACACUGAAGCCGCAGAGCGCUGGUGCUGCUGCACAGGAGAGGGGUGUCCCCAGGCAGGAGGGCGCAGAGGAGGGGACCGCUGGGCCUGGCAAACCCCAGAGAGGCUCAGCGCCAUGGGGUGAGCUGAGCCAGGGCCCCGCAGGGCAGAACCAGACCACAGCACCUGCAGCCGGGCAGGAGGAAACGGUGGAAAACGCUGCUGGGCAAAACCAGACAGGGGAGAACGACGGCCAGAACAAAACAGGGGCCAUGCGAACCACGCACGGGGCGCUGAAUCACCGCAGUGACCAGAGAAAUGUUUCGGACACGCCUCAGAUCUAUGUGAGCUCCACAUCAGAGCACAACUCCAGGGUAACAGGAGGAACUUUGUGUCAUCGCGGCCAUUGCCCAUGGCAGGUGCUGAUCCGGAACAGUAGAGACGUGGGUUUCUGUGGGGGAAGCCUGAUCAGCAGCCGCUGGGUGGUCACUGCUGCGCACUGCCUCGAUCUUGUCACACCGCACCACGUCACCAUCGGAGACUUUGACAAAUACCAAAGAGAAUUCAAGGAGCAGAAGAUUGCUGUAGCACAGAGCUGGACACAUCCACACUAUGAUUCCAACAACUACAACGGUGACAUCGCCUUGUUGUACCUGAGCAGCAAUGUCAUUUUUAACGAGUAUGUGGUUCCCAUCUGCCUGCCCAGCCCCAGCCUCGCCACCCUGCUGUCCCAAGAGGGACACGUGGGGACAGUGAGUGGGUGGGGAGCCACCCACGAGAGAGGCGCCACCCUGCGCUUUCUCAUGAGGGUCCAGCUGCCCAUCGUGAACAUGGACACCUGUCAGCGCUCCACCGACAGGCUCGUCACCGACAAUAUGUUCUGCGCAGGCCACGACACAGACACUGCUGAUGCCUGCAAAGGGGACAGCGGUGGCCCCUUCGCAGUGUCCUACCACAACACUUGGUUUCUCCUGGGGGUUGUAAGCUGGGGAGAGGGCUGUGCUGAAAAAGGAAAAUACGGUGUCUAUACAAGAGUAGCCAACUACAUCCCCUGGAUUAAAGAGGUUGUUGAAAGUGUAGAAGAUUCUGAAAACUUCUCUAUUAACUUUUCUUAAGGGGGGGCAAUACUAUUACUCCAAAGUGCUUCAAAGACACUAUGCAGUUCCUGUCCUUAACAGUGUAAAAUCAAAAUUACCUUCAAAGAAACAGUCUUUUUACAAUAAACUGUUAAAUUGUCCAUUCAAGUAUUACUGAGCAAAACACUUGUGUCUAAUAAAGAACUAUUCUGCAAAUAACAA